AUGAAUUUAUCUUCUAUGGAUUUCACGGUCCUUAAUAUAACAGAGACUCGUCUUAGUGCAAAGUGGGAUUUAUCUAUAAGGAUCCCUGGUGAUCUUUCUGGUUAUUAUAUAUGCCUUCAAGGAGAUGUUCAAACUUCCUUGCUUUACAAGAAUGUUACUCUUGCUACCUCAUCCCCACAAAAAUACUACAACCUCCAGCCCGGCUGGCCUCAGCUUCUAAUGGUUUCAGCACUUGUCUCCGAUGAAGAUAUCAGCGGUUCUAUUGGCAAAAAUAUUGUAGAAGAUAUAAAAAAUCAGAAAGAAGUGCAGUUCGAAUCGCGGUUUUCUCUUACAGAUUGCAGAGAGGAGACGAUAGGAGUUAUAAACUAUGCGUGCCGUGAAGUCACCUUAAGGUUUGAACCUGGAUCGGAGAUGAAGGCCAAGGUGUUUGGGAAACAUCCAAAGUGCAAACGGUUUUUUUUGGAUCACCAAUAG